CUGACCUUUCCCUGCUAGGAUCCCUUAGACAGAAGACCGAGUCUGCAGUACGCAAAGCUCUACCGAUGGAUAUGAUCUUGAGAUGCAUUCUUGUUUCCUUUGUCCUUCACCUGGGUGUGAUGCUUCAUGUGAGUGAAGAGCAUUACAUAGAUGCUACUUAUGGGCAAGAAGUUACCCUUCCUUGCCAAGUUGGUGUAGUUAACCCAAGCGCUCCAGUGAUCUGGAAAUAUAAAUCAGAAGAAAUAAUUAAAUAUCAGCGUGGACAUCUUUUAAGAGGUUCCUCCUCAUCAUCAGCAACAUACUCGUUAAAGAAUGCAGAUAAAGGAGAUUACUCUUUAACUAUGAGAUAUGGAAAGGAAGGACAGUAUACAUGUGAAGCACAUGGGAAAAUAAAAACUACUAAUCUUAACUUGUGGAGCGUAAAAGGACCUUCAGAGGGAUACCUCCUGGAGGGUGACACUACACAACUGGAACUGUCUUCCUCGGACAUGUCUACCCAGGUUGAGUGGUUUGGCCCCAACAAGUCAAAAAUAACAAAUAAAAAAGCGCGAUGGACUCUACAAAAUAAAGAUCGGAGGCUGCAGAUAAACGACCUUAAAACUCAGGAGGACCAAGGGACCUGGGAAUGUUUCAUUAGUCGUAGUGGGCUUCGCAUCACCCGUGAUGUCAGAGUGAUAGGUUUUGCUAAUUCACUGGAUGGAGCUGUUAUGUAUGCAGCUUGUUAA